CUUAUUUUCCUUUACAGUAAAUUGACAAAGAUAGCUGCUAUAAAGACUCAGCUGAUCUCUCCGCUACUUUGAGCAAAGGAAAUGGAGUAAGCACAAGCUUCUGACAGUUCUCUCUGCCAGGUGUUUGUAGAAAUAGGGGGUAUCUGUACCUUAUGACCAUGGCUUUAGGUAAGUAUUCCCGAGCUGAUGGGAGGAAGCCAUCCAGUUGUUGUUCAACAGUCUCGGUAGUGGUGUUUGUUGCAUUUUGUUUAGUCGGUGUUUGGAUGUUAAUGUCAUCCGUUGUUCCGGUUCAGAAUCAAGACUUGCCGUCCCAAGAGACCAUAAAUAAGGUAAAACGGCAAGUUUUAGCUGAUACGAAUUCAAAGCAAUUUGAAGACACUUCUGGCGAUUUACCAGAGGAUGCAACAAAUGAUGAUGGUGGUGCUGGUGAUUCUCGCAAUUCGGAAAUCCAAAAUGUUGAAGAACAUGAGACUUCAAAUACGUCUGAGGAAAACCAGGAAGAAUUUGCUUUAAAGGAGCAAUCUGAGGUUGAGACUGAAUCUCAAAAUGAUUCUGAGAAAUCAGCUGGGGAAAACUCUGAAGAUGGACAGAAGAAAGAAUCUGAAAAUGAUUGGGAUGAAGACAAAAAUGGGAACUCAAAUUCCGAAGCUGGAGAAACAAAUGAAAAUGAGCAGUCAGAAUCAGAGAAGAGAUCGGAUAAAAGUGAGUCUGACACUGAACAGGAUGAGAAAAAAUUGGAGAGAGAGGAGAAUGAUGAUGAGAAAAAAUUGGAGAGAGAAGAGAAUGAUGAUGAAUCAAAGCAGAGAAACAAGGCAAUUAGUCUUACAGAAGAAAAGCUUGAGCAAAAUCAGGAUUCAGAACAAAAUGAUGGUGAGAAUACCAACGAUAGCCAGGAAAAGAGUGAGGCUUCAAUUGAUAAUUUCUCUGCUGGAGCCCAAUCAGAACUUUUGAAGGAGACUAAUACUCAAAAUGAUGCAUGGUCAACUCAAGCCACAGAAUCACAGAAUGAGAAGGAAUUGCUACAGACUUCAAUAUCCAAGUCCCUGAAUGGGCACACAUGGAAAAUCUGUAAUGUCACUGCUGGGCCAGACUACAUCCCUUGUCUUGAUAAUUGGCAAGCUAUCAAAAAGCUUCCAAGUCGAAGUCACUAUCAACAUCGAGAAAGGCACUGUCCUGAUGAAGGUCCCACCUGUCUUGUUUCUCUACCUGAAGGAUAUAAAAGCCCGGUUAAGUGGCCGGCAAGUAGGGACAAGAUAUGGUACAAUAAUGUUCCUAACACCAAACUUGCAGUGGUUAAGGGGCACCAGAAUUGGGUAAAAGUAAGUGGUGAAUACCUUAUUUUCCCUGGUGGUGGAACUCAGUUCAAGAAUGGUGCUCUUCACUACAUUGAUUUCAUUCAAAAAGAAUAUAUUUCUCAUUGCACAUAUGAGUGUAAUGUCAUAACUUGUAAUAGCAAUGUGCAGAAAUCAGGGAAUGGAGCAUAUGUAAUCUAUGCAUGCCAUUCUCUUCCAAAUAUAGCAUGGGGUAAAAGAAGCCGUGUGAUUUUGGAUGUUGGGUGUGGGGUGGCCAGUUUCGGGGGAUUUCUAUUUGAAAGAGAUGUUCUUGCAAUGUCAUUUGCUCCAAAGGAUGAACAUGAAGCCCAAGUACAAUUUGCACUUGAAAGGGGAAUUCCUGCUAUAUCAGCUGUUAUGGGCACCAAGAGAUUACCCUUUCCAAGCGCUGUCUUUGAUGUUGUCCAUUGUGCGCGUUGUAGGGUUCCUUGGCAUCUUGAAGGCGGUAAACUUCUUUUGGAAUUGGACCGGUUAUUAAGACCUGGUGGUUACUUUGUUUGGUCUGCCACUCCGGUUUACCAGAAGCUUCCUGAAGAUGUUGGCAUUUGGAAAGCGAUGACGGAACUAACAAAAUCAAUGUGCUGGGAUCUGGUGGUGAUUAGAAAGGACAAACUGAAUGAUGUUGCUGCAGCAUUUUAUAGAAAACCAACUUCCAAUGACUGCUAUAACAACAGACGAAAACAAGAGCCUCCUCUUUGCAGUGAUUCUGAUGAUCCAGAUGCAGCCUGGAAUGUACCGCUGGAGCCAUGCAUACACAAAGUGCCAGAGGAUGCAUCAAAACGUGGUUCUAAUUGGCCUGCACAAUGGCCUUCAAGGUUGGAGAAACCGCCUUAUUGGUUGAAGUCUCAGCGUGGGGUCUACGGCAAAGCUGCUCCGGAAGAUUUCACUGCUGAUUACAAGCAUUGGAAAAAUGUUGUCUCUGAGUCAUAUUUAAAUGGGUUGGGAAUCAACUGGUCUUCUGUGAGGAAUAUCAUGGACAUGAGAGCCGUAUAUGGAGGGUUUGCUGCAGCACUGAAAGACUUGAAAGUGUGGAUUAUGAACGUGGUUCCGAUUGACAAUCCUGAUACACUCCCGAUAAUCUUUGAACGUGGUUUAACUGGAAUGUAUCAUGAUUGGUGUGAAUCAUUCAGUACCUACCCCAGAACUUAUGAUCUUCUCCAUGCAGACCAUCUAUUUGCAGACCUUAAAAAGAGGUGCAACUUGGUGGCAGUGAUGGCAGAGGUUGAUAGGAUUCUGAGGCCAGAAGGAAAGCUAAUUGUACGUGACAAUGCAGAAACCAUAAAUGAGUUGGAGAGUAUAGUUAAAUCUCUGAAAUGGGAUGUCCAAUUAAUAUUUUCGAAGGACAAGGAAGGCUUGCUCUGUGUUCAGAAGACAUUUUGGCGUCCCGCAGAAUCAGAAACACUUGCAUCAGCAAUUGCUUGAGCAAGACGCUCUCAAUGACCGUAUGAGGCUGCUGAUGUAGGCUUAUUUAGUAUCUGAUAAUUUUGGUUGCUUAAGCAUUUUAAUUUAAGGAUGCGAUAGUUAUAUUCUCUUUUGGCAUAUGUAAAUCAAAUGUAGUUGGUUAUUCUUUCAGAAGCGCUUAAGCUCUUCAUACUCCCCCUUUCUUUUUGUCAUUUUAUUUCUUUUACUUUUUUUCCACAAUAGCAAUUCCCUCUCAAAUUAGUGGAAUUGAGCCAAGAAUUUCUGUUGUAUUCUUAUAUUAACAUUAUAAAAAAAAUUAAUCAAAUUCACUCUCGGUUUAAGAGAA